CGAAGACACAACAAGAGAUUGAAACUGGCUAAGGAACAUUGUCCGGCGGAGAAUCGAAGAAGAACACAACAACAACACUCAGAUUCUUCUUUUUUUGUUUUGUUUGGCCGAACCGGAAUCGGGAAAAUGGACAUUUCUGUUCAAAUCACCGGCUUAAACUCUCCCUACAUCUGCCGGAUCAUCCCAAGAUUCUCAUCUUCUUCAAGAUUCCGUUGUUCCAAAAACGAACCUCCCCGUAACGCAGACGGUGGUGAUAGAUCGUCGACGGAUUGGGACAAGGCGUGGAAGAGUUUCAAGAAACAGAGCAAGAAGACAUUGUUCUCUCAAUUCAACAUGGACAAGUACGUGACUUGGAAUCCCCCGAGAUCGGAUUAUCCGGCGUCGGAAGAAAUCGAUCCCAUUAAAAAAGCAGAGAGAUCUAAUCUAAUGCUUUGGACUAGUCCGAGGUUCACACUUAUCGGAGCCAUCGUCAUUGUCUCAUUCCUCCUUCUCUACACCCUUCUUGCUCCUGUCAAGUGAACUUUUCUUUAAUUUUCUUUCUCGAGCAUAUUUAGUUGAUCAGCUUCUGAAUGUGUUUUUUUUUUUUUUUUUAAACUGUACAACUUUUAUAAUAAAAGAUCCUAGUUUCAACA